ACUGCGAAGUUCUCCCCCACUUUUAUUUUACUCGGAGCGAGUCGUCCUUGAAUGUCUCUCUCUUAGAAGAAGAAAGCGAACCCCUUCGACCCGAUCGCGAGCCCUAGAAAUGGCGAGGCCAUCGAAGCGCCAGUCGUCGUCUGACGAGGCCAUGUCCGACGGCUCCAACCCCUCCGACGAGGAGCAGGUCAACGAGGAGCAGGAGCAGGCCGCCGAUGAGGAGGUCGAUGAGGAGGAGCUCGAGGCCGUCGCCCGCUCCGCCAGCUCCGCCGAAGACGAGGACGAUCCCGCUGCUGCUAUCGAAGACGGCGGCGACGGCGAUGAGGACGAUGAGGAUGAGAAAGAGGACACAGAAAUCAGUAAGCGUGAGAAGGCCAAGCUGAAGGAAAUGCAGAGAUUAAAGAAGCAGAAGAUUCAGGAAAUAUUGGAUGCACAAAAUGCUAAAAUAGAUGCAGACAUGAACAAUCGGGAAGGACGGUUGAAGUAUCUCUUGGAGCAGACGGAGAUAUUUGCUCACUUUGCCAAAGGCAAUCAAGCUGCUUCCCAGAAGACCAAGGGAAGGGGUCGUCACGCAUCCAAAUUGACUGAAGAGGAAGAAGAUGAAGAAUACCUUAAGGAGGAGGAAGACGGUCUGUCUGGUACAGGAAACACACGGCUGGUGACACAACCCUCUUGUAUCCAGGGGAAAAUGAGGGACUACCAGCUUGCUGGGUUGAAUUGGCUGAUAAGACUGUACGAGAAUGGUAUAAAUGGAAUACUGGCAGAUGAGAUGGGGCUUGGCAAAACACUGCAAACGAUCUCCUUAUUGGGUUAUCUGCAUGAAUUCAGAGGAAUCACUGGACCUCACAUGGUAGUUGCUCCAAAAUCAACUCUGGGCAAUUGGAUGAAUGAAAUUCGUAGGUUUUGCCCAAUUUUACGAGCUGUGAAAUUUCUAGGAAAUCCUGAAGAAAGGAGGUACAUAAGAGAGGAAUUACUGGUUGCUGGGAAGUUUGAUGUGUGCGUCACGAGUUUUGAGAUGGCAAUCAAGGAGAAGUCUGCCUUGCGCCGUUUCAGUUGGCGAUACAUCAUCAUUGACGAAGCCCAUCGCAUUAAAAAUGAAAAUUCUCUGCUAUCUAAAACAAUGAGGCUUUAUAAUACAAAUUACCGCCUUCUUAUUACUGGUACACCACUUCAGAACAACCUUCAUGAGUUGUGGUCUCUCCUCAACUUUUUGCUGCCGGAAAUAUUUAGUUCGGCUGAGACUUUUGAUGAAUGGUUUCAAAUAUCUGGUGAGAAUGAUCAGCAGGAAGUCGUCCAACAACUUCACAAGGUGCUCCGACCAUUUCUACUUCGGAGGUUGAAGUCAGAUGUUGAGAAGGGGUUACCACCAAAGAAGGAAACAAUUUUGAAAGUGGGCAUGUCCCAGAUGCAGAAACAUUACUAUAGAGCUCUCCUACAGAAAGAUUUAGAAGUUGUUAAUGCUGGUGGAGAACGCAAGCGACUUCUGAACAUAGCAAUGCAGUUGCGCAAAUGCUGCAAUCACCCGUAUCUUUUUCAAGGAGCGGAACCUGGCCCUCCAUAUACCACUGGGGAUCAUCUUAUCACCAGUGCUGGUAAGAUGGUUCUCUUAGAUAAGCUGCUUCCAAAACUAAAAGAGCGUGAUUCCAGGGUCCUCAUCUUUUCACAGAUGACAAGGCUGCUGGACAUUCUUGAAGACUAUUUGAUGUUCCGUGGAUACCAGUAUUGCCGUAUUGAUGGCAAUACUGGUGGAGAAGAUCGAGAUGCCUCCAUUGAAGCUUUUAAUCAGCCUGGAAGUGAGAAAUUUGUAUUCUUAUUGUCAACAAGGGCUGGUGGCCUUGGUAUUAAUCUGGCCACUGCCGAUGUUGUCAUUCUUUAUGACAGUGACUGGAAUCCUCAAGUUGAUUUGCAAGCACAGGACCGUGCACAUAGAAUUGGUCAGAAGAAGGAAGUUCAAGUGUUCAGAUUCUGUACUGAGUACACCAUUGAGGAAAAAGUUAUCGAGAGAGCCUACAAAAAGCUUGCUCUGGAUGCCUUAGUUAUCCAACAAGGUCGAUUGGCAGAGCAGAAAACUGUCAACAAAGAUGAGCUGCUUCAGAUGGUUCGAUUUGGUGCUGAAAUGGUUUUCAGUUCCAAGGACAGCACUAUUACAGAUGAGGAUAUUGACAGGAUCAUUGCUAAAGGAGAAGAAGCUACUGCUGAACUUGAUGCCAAGAUGAAAAAGUUCACUGAAGAUGCUAUCAAAUUCAAGAUGGAUGACACUGCUGAACUUUAUGAUUUUGAUGAUGAGAAGGAUGAGAAUAAGUUUGAUUUCAAGAAAAUUGUCAGUGAGAACUGGAUUGAACCACCAAAAAGAGAGCGGAAGCGCAAUUAUUCGGAAUCUGAGUACUUCAAGCAGACACUGCGGCAAGGUGGUCCGGCGAAACCUAAGGAGCCUCGAAUUCCUCGCAUGCCCCAGCUGCAUGAUUUCCAGUUCUUUAACACUCAAAGGCUGAGCGAAUUAUAUGAGAAAGAAGUACGCUACCUCAUGCAAACACAUCAGAAAAAUCAGCAAAUGAAAGACUCCAUAGAAGUGGACGAACCUGAAGAUGUAGGAGAUCCACUGACUGCUGAGGAGCAGGAAGAGAAGGAGCAGUUAUUAGAAGAGGGGUUUUCCUCGUGGAGUAGAAGAGAUUUCAAUACCUUCAUCAGGGCCUGUGAGAAAUAUGGUCGGAAUGAUAUAAAAAGUAUUGCUUCUGAAAUGGAAGGGAAGACGGAGCAGGAAGUAGAAAGAUAUGCGAAGGUCUUCAAGGAAAGAUACAAAGAACUAAAUGAUUAUGACCGGAUUAUUAAGAAUAUUGAGAGAGGCGAAGCCAGAAUAUCCCGGAAGGAUGAGAUAAUGAAAGCUAUUGGAAAGAAAUUGGAUCGCUACAAGAACCCAUGGCUUGAAUUGAAGAUCCAGUAUGGUCAGAAUAAAGGGAAGCUAUACAAUGAAGAAUGUGACAGAUUCAUGAUCUGCAUGGUCCACAAGCUUGGGUAUGGAAACUGGGAUGAGCUCAAGGCAGCUUUUAGGACAUCACCACUUUUUCGGUUUGAUUGGUUUGUGAAAUCCCGAACUACCCAAGAGCUUGCAAGGAGGUGCGACACCCUUAUUCGACUGGUGGAGAAGGAAAACCAAGAGUACGACGAGAGGGAGAGACAGGCGCGGAAGGAGAAAAAGCUUGCCAAGAGCAUGAACACUCCAUCAAAACGCUCCCAGUCUAGGCAACAGGCCACCGAGAGCCCCAGUUCCCUCAAGAAGCGCCGGCAGUCUUCCAUGGACGACUAUCUUAGCUCGGGUAAGAGGAGGAAGUGAUGGGAGCACGGAGAUCAAUUUUUUUUGGGGGAAACCCUGUUUUGUUGGGUGCACAACUGAGAACCUGGCAAAGUAGUCAUUGCUAGUUCUCCUGCUAUCGGCGUCCCAAUUUAGGAAUGCUAUUAAUUCAUGUAUGGAUCCUAUUAACUUGUAUAUUGGCGAACAGAGCUAUCAUGAGCUAGUUAACUGAAUUAAAUACAUUCAACUUUUAUCUCGUUUUGGAGUGGGGCAUAUAAAUAGUAAUUGCUAGUUAACUUGA